CGCACCCUUGUCACGGUUAUAUACGCUGGACCGGGGGACCGGCCGACACUUUUUGUGCCGCUUUGCUAGCUCCGGUCUCUGAGCACACAGACCCUGCGUCUUAUCCUCCCAAGAAGACUCUCUUCCGCACCAAGACAUCCUCAUAAUGCCUGGUCGUCCGUUGUGGCAGGUAGCUGGAAAGCGAGAGGCUGACCAAGAAGCCGAGGCUCAGCAAUGGAUUGAGAGAGUUGUCGGUGAAAGAUUUCCCGCUGGGAUCAGUUACGAGGAUGCUUUGAGGGACGGUGUGCUUCUGUGCCGUCUGAUGAACAAGCUGCAGCCUGGAUUGAUAACUAAGAUCAACAGUUCCGGCGGUGACUACAAGUUCAUGGACAACCUAAAUCAAUUCCAGAAGGCCUGCGUCAAGUACGGUGUACCAGACGUCGACUUGUUCCAAGCCGUCGAUUUGAUGGAGCGCAAAAACAUUGCCCAAGUUACAAACACGAUUUUCGCCAUUGGUCGUACGACCUAUAAGCACCCCGAAUGGCGCGGUCCUUGGCUGGGCCCGAAACCAUCGGAAGAGAACAAGCGGAUUUUCAGCGAACAGCAGCUGAGGGCCGGUGAAAGCGUUAUCGGUCUUCAAGCCGGUAGCAACAAAGGAGCAACUCAAGCAGGACAAUCGUUUGGAGCGACGAGAAAAAUUUUGCUGGGAAAAUAACAAACGAAUUCACGUCUAAUAUAAUGAUCGUGCAAAAUCCAUAACUAUAUAUUAUAUUUGCGUUUCUA